CAACACCUUGGCUUGUGGCGCUGUCUUUUGAUUCUGCCGUUUCAUCUCAACUUGGAUCCAAGGAGGCUGAUAGGAUGGGAGAAGGGUAUGGGGCAGGUUGGGAGGUCAGCCGUUGAAAACAAAUGAGGAGAAGCAAGCUUGAGGGAGGGAAGGAGGGAGGGAAAGCUGUGUGCCCAGGAACACGUGAUGGCUGGGUCUGGUGGUGCUGGGUCAUGGUGUGGCUCACAUGGCAGUGGUGCAUGUCUGCUUGUUAUGUCACUACAUGCUGCCUUUUUUUCUUGCCUUAGGGGGUGUGAUAGCUUACAUCAGCUCUUCCAGCUCGGCAUCUAGCCCAGCCUCAUGUCACAGUGAGAGCUCAGACAGCGGUUUUCAGUCGUCCUCUUCGCCUGUGCCAUCCUCUCCGAACAGCUCCUCCUCGGAAAGCAGCUGCAGUGGCCGGAACAGCAAGGGCUGCGAUGGGGCGACCAAGAGCGACGGUCUGGAGGAGACUAUUAAAACAAACCAGUCAGGUGUUGCUGGUUUAACAAAAAGCCAUAAUGGAGUCACAAAGUUUAAUGGCAUGGUUCUUCUUUGCAAAGUCUGUGGAGAUGUUGCUUCAGGAUUUCAUUAUGGUGUUCAUGCUUGUGAGGGCUGCAAGGGUUUUUUCAGAAGAAGCAUUCAGCAAAACAUCCAAUAUAAAAAGUGCUUGAAGAACAACAACUGCUCUAUAAUGAGAAUGAACAGGAACAGAUGCCAGCAGUGUCGUUUCAAGAAAUGCCUCUCUGUUGGGAUGUCAAGAGAUGCUGUUCGGUUUGGCCGUAUCCCCAAGCGUGAGAAGCAGAGGAUGCUGAUUGAGAUGCAGAGUGCCAUGAAGACCAUGAUGAACGGGCAGUUCAGCGGCCACUUGCCCAGCGAGGCCUUGUCAGAACAUCAAGAUCAAGCUCCUCAAGAAGACCUUUCCUCCAAGCCAAAACAAGAGCAGGAAGCCAUCAAAAGCCCUUCUCCCCAUCCUGGUGCUGACAUGGCUAAGGAAGAAGUGAUCGGCGUGGUCACUCGGGCCCACAAGGACACUUUCAUGUACAACCAAGAGCAGUCCCAGACCACAGCAGAGCUGAUGCAGGCCCAGAGUGGGGAGAGAAUGUCCAAGAGCAGUGAGCAGUACAUCUUGAGCAGCGAGCACUGUGUCAGUGGGCUGGGUGGCCCUCAGUACCCUGAAAGCGAGCAGCACCUUGGGGGACAGUACAAAGGGAGAAGCGCAAUGCAUUACCCAAGUGGGCACGCCGUGUGCUUCACAAAUGGCCACUGCAUGAACUUCACCAGUGCUUACACCCAGCCCCUGUGUGACAGGAUCCCAGAGGAUGGCUUUUCUCCAAGCAAGAGCACCGCUUACUCUUGCAGCACCGGAGGAAGAAUGCAUCUGGUCUGCCCCAUGAGUAAGACUCCCCACGUGGACCCAAACAAGUCUGGCCAUGAAGUUUGGGAAGAGUUUUCCCUGAGUUUUACCCCUGCAGUGAAGGAAGUGGUGGAGUUUGCCAAGCGCAUCCCAGGUUUCCGAGAUCUCUCUCAACAUGACCAGGUUAAUCUUCUCAAGGCUGGGACCUUUGAGGUCUUAAUGGUGCGGUUUGCGUCCCUGUUUGACGCCAAGGAGCGCACUGUCACCUUCCUGAGCGGGAGGAAGUACAGUGUGGAUGACUUGCAUUCCAUGGGCGCCGGGGACCUGCUCAACUCCAUGUUUGAGUUCAGCGAGAAGCUGAACGCCCUGCAGCUCAGCGAUGAGGAAAUGAGUCUGUUCACAGCGGUGGUCCUGGUGUCUGCUGACCGCUCUGGAAUAGAGAAUGUCAACUCCGUGGAGGCCCUGCAGGAAACGCUGAUCCGUGCAUUAAGGACCUUAAUCAUGAAAAACCACCCCAACGAAGCCUCCAUCUUCACAAAGCUGCUGCUGAAGCUGCCUGACCUGCGUUCCUUAAACAACAUGCACUCGGAAGAACUCUUGGCCUUUAAAGUUCACCCUUAGACCUUGAGCCCCCCUUGGUACCUGGACUCGCCUGGUGUUGAACUGUUUCGUGCUCAAGUUCGUAUUUAUACACUUGUACCACUUGUUGGAAGGAGAGGGUGCCCA